AACAUGUGCGUCCGCGAGUAGUGCCGGAAUUUCUCCCGAUUUUGUGCAAGAAAAACGGGCUUUUCACAGUGUAAACGAUGGGUACGGAAACUAUUCAUCGUCCUGGUGCGCUGAAGCAAACCAACAAGCUUCACAAACAUGGAAAACACGCUUCGAAGCGUGAAUUGGAUCGUGUCGCGAAAGGUAAAGUGAAUCUGAAAACGCUAACACGUCGCCCAAAUCGGCAACAAACUCGUGAGGAACGUCGUCAGCAAGCAAACGACAUUCGCAAGAACAAGCGCCAGGAGGCGAUCGCUUUGAAGCGCGCGAUCGGUGGUGCUCUGACGGCACCAUUCCUGACCUGCGUGUUGCCGCUGAACGAUUUGAUCGACCCAAAUUCGGCCCUACGGAUGAUCGAAGGAUGUGACCCGGAGGCCACCGUUAUCAGCGUGUUCGAUCGUAUCCGGUACAUGAAUGUACCUCGCUUCCGGCAACGGUUUUCGUUUGUCGUCCCCGAAACCGGCCGUGGCAAGGAGUUGAACGUGUUGGAUGCACUGAAAGUUUGCGAUUCGGUGGUGCUUGUGCUAUCGGCAGCCGCCGCUGCCGAUGCAGAAGAUGUGAUCGAUAAGACGGGUGCGAAGGUGCUGAACAUGGCACUAACCCAAGGAUUGCCAACGCCGAUCGUUUGCCUGAUGGAUUUACCCUCGAUCAAUCCGAAGAAGCGCAACCAAGUGAAGGUGAACAUACAGAAAGCCAUCUCGACCAUUCUUCCCGAUGAAAAGCUUAUGCAGCUCGAUACGGAGACGGAUGGAUUGAAUCUGUUGCGUCGCAUCGGUGGCCAAAAGCGUAAAGUGCUUCAUAACCGGGCCAACCGACCGCAUAUGCUGGGAGAGAAGGUAGAAUUCGUCCCCAGUACCGGUGCCCCGGAUGAGGUGGCCGGAGUGUUGGGUACACUGAAAGUGACCGGGUUUCUACGCGGUGUCGCGCUGUCGGUCAAUCAACUGGUACAUAUUCCCGGCUUGGGUGAUUUCCAGCUCGAGGCCAUAGCUUCACCGGAUGAUCCGUACCGUUUGCGGAAACCGGACGAUGGCGAAAUGAUGUCCGGUGAGACGCGACCCCGGUUGGUUGCUGAUCCGGAGCGCCAGGCAAGCUUACAGCGUGAGAACGUCCCGGAUGAGAUGGAUGCCGAGCAGACGUGGCCAACGGAGGAGGAAAUUGCCGCAUCACGACAAGAGACGAAGAAGAAGCUCGUCAAGCGCGUUCCAAAGGGCAUGAGCGACUAUCAAGCUUCCUGGAUUCCGGAGAUUGAAGAAGUGGACGAAGAUGAGGAUGAUGAUGAUGACGACGAGGAUGAAGACGGUGAUGAGGAUGAUAAUAUGUCCUGCGUGUCAGAGGCCGAAAGCAAAGUGGCGGCCGAUGAGGAGGCAGGAGAUGAGCAGGAUUUCGAUGAAGUGAGCGUCUCGUCGGAUGCUCCCGUAUCGGCUGAACGGUACGAUAAGGAGAUGGAUUUGGAAGAGGAACGUAGUACGCUGGCGAAGAUACAGGCCGCCCGGGACGAUGAAGUGUUCCCGGAUGAGAUCGACACACCGGCCAAUUCGACGGCUCGGGAACGGUUCCGCAAGUACCGUGGCCUCGAAUCGUUCCGUACCUCCGCCUGGGAUGUCAAGGAGAACCUUCCGUUCGAUUACGCUCGCGUGUAUCAGUUCCAGAACUUUGAUCGCACCAAGCGUCGCAUUCUGCGUGAAGCGCAAGAGCUGGAAGGUGACGAUGUGGUCAUGCCCGGUUGGUACGUCCGGCUGGAGGUGAAGAACGUUCCACAGGCCCUCUGGACGGCGUACACCAGCGCCAUGGGAACGACCGAUCGUGUGAUCGUGUACGGAUUGCUCCCUCACGAGCAUCAAAUGUCCGUGAUGAACGUGUGUCUCAAGCGAACGCCCAACUCGACGAUCCCGAUCAAAUCGAAAGAGCGAAUGAUCGUCCAGUGUGGCUAUCGGCGGUUCAUCGUCAAUCCAAUCUUCAGCCAACACACAAACAGUGAUAAGCACAAGUAUGAACGAUAUUUCCGACCGGGUGGCGCAAUCGUGGCAACGUUCUUCGCACCGAUCCAGUUCCCUCCGGCACCGGUCCUGUGUUUCCGUGAAAAUCCCGACACGACGCUCUCGAUGGUCGCUUCCGGUAGUGUGCUCACGUGCAAUCCCGAUCGUGUCGUGCUGAAGCGCGUCGUUCUGAGCGGCCAUCCGUUCAAGAUCAAUCGCAAGUAUGCUACGAUUCGCUUUAUGUUCUUCAAUCCCGAAGAUAUUGCGUACUUUAAACCGUGUAAGCUACGCACGAAGCUUGGGCGCGUCGGCCAUAUCAAGGAAUCGCUCGGUACGCACGGCCACAUGAAAUGUAUCUUCGAUGCGCAGCUCAAAUCGCACGAUACGGUGCUGCUGUAUCUGUAUAAGCGUGUGUUCCCCAAGUGGACGUACGAGGAUUGUAUCGUAUCGUGUCCUUCUGUGGCGGCCAGUACCUCAGUCUCCGGUCCGACUGCGACCAGUGUUCCGAAAGGUGAACGAUCGGUAACGUUCAACACGAAGGUUGAAAUGAUGCAGGAGUGAGUGGAGUGAGUUUGAAUUCAUGUAUAAUCGCUUACAUACAGUGCAGUAGUGUGUUAAUAAAGAUUUUCUAAAAUUCAAUAA